AUAUAGCUGUAUUUCAACCAAACCCCUCUCUUCGCCACUUAUAUCUUGUUAAGCUCUCAACCCGCUUGUAUUUCUCACAACUUCAAAACUCAUUUCAUUUCAUAAUAAUAAUAAUAGAAAUAAUCUACUCCACCGAACCACCACUGCCUUCGCUGCUGCCGUUUCCUCCGCUUAUUUCUACAAAAAAUAUGGAGCAAAAGCUAACGGUAGAGAUAGACCAAAUGCCUCCACGUGGAGCUCACCACAGGCGGGCACUCUCCGACACAACUUUCCGUUUCGACGAUCUUCUCCUCUUUGACCCGUCCGACCUCGAUCUUUCCUACCUUGACCUCCCGGCUUCCUCCUCCAAUCCCACUCUGCCACCUGUCAUACCGGUUCCCGCACAUUCCUCCGACGACUCCUCAUCCAGCGGUCUUCCUCGCUCCUCCCACAAUAACCCUAAGCAUAUCCGUAGUCUUUCUGUUGACUCUGAUUUCUUCGAAGGACUCGGGUUGACUGGACCCGCGAUUUCCGGAGGAGCUGGAGAUGAAAAAUUUAGCGAGAAAGGAAGGGUGGGAGAGAAGAGGGUUCACCAUAGGCAUAGUAACUCGAUGGAUGGGUCGACUACGGCUUCGUUUGAGAUUGAGUCUUUGAUGGCCGUUGACGGUAUUAAGAAGGCUAUGGCUCCUGAUAGACUUGCUGAACUUGCCCUUAUUGAUCCCAAGAGAGCUAAAAGGAUUCUGGCUAACAGGCAAUCGGCUGCGCGAUCAAAGGAGAGGAAGAUUCGAUACACGAAUGAGCUGGAGAAGAAAGUGCAGACUCUUCAGACAGAAGCUACCAAUCUCUCCGCACAGGUCACAGUGCUACAGGAAUCAUUUUCCAUGCUUCAAUUUGUUUGUCUCGACCUAUCAGUUCAUCAUAUCCAAUACUUUGGUAUUAGAGGGUGUAUGCCUACAUUGCUUGGACUGGGACACUACUUCUGGACAUGGGAUGUGUCCAACGUAGCUUUUCAACUGUUCCAUAUUCAACCUUUGGUUCUGCUACCACCAUAUAGGCCAUAUGUAUGCCACGAGAUCUCUAAGAGGUUGGGUUGGUCAAAUUUUCAGCCCAUGGAUAAACUCCUGCAGUUUUAAUUAUGUUGUCUUUCAGAGGAAUUUAGUUUAAAGAGAUAUUCUCAUUACUUUGAUCUUUUCUACCUCCUUUAACUUCUUAAAGUUUGUUACAAUCAAGUAUUCGGAAAUUUCCACUUUAUUUUCCAUAUAUUACUGGUUGUUAUCAAGCAUGUCAGUGUGUCUUCUUAUUGGAGUUCAUAGAUGAUCAGUUAUAGAUGGUAGCAGAAAGAGGAAGAAACAAGUAAAUAAAGGGAAAUCAGACAAAAAAAAAAGAAAAGAAAUAAACAGAAAAAUCUCCUGAGAGAAAUCUAGAAACAACAGAAGGAAAAGAGAUAGCCUGGGAAAAAUCUCAGUUCAUAAUUUCUCAUUGACCCUAAGCUACUGGAAACUGAAAUGAGACAAGUACUUCUUGGCUACUUCCUAAGCCCUGAUACUUGGGAAUCAAGCUAAAAUAACUUUAAAUAUUCUGAAAUAUAUAAUUCUAGUAAUACUAUAAAAUCCCUAUUAACUUGAUCCUUCAAUCAACUGUUUUUUGUCCCUCAUAUGUUACUUAUCCAGUUCUACAUUCAUAAGAUAUUAAUCUAGUCAAUGUGCUAUUUUAAGAAUGAAGGGCAUGCAUGUGUACACUUUCAUGGCUUUCUUUGGUUGAUGUGACAAUACUCAUGUCUAUGUCUAAAAUUGUUCAUUGAUGGUUUGCUGAUCAUUUUGCUAGUUGCUUUUGCAGAUUCCUUGCCUUUGUGUUUUGCCUAUUUGCGUUGUCUAGUUUGCAUAAUUUAUCUGAUGUGGUUGUCACUUUGACUGCUUAGUUAUCUUGCACCUAAGGAUAUGACUGUAUUUCUAGAGUCCUGUUGAGUUAUUUCUGCUGAAUCUGCUAACCUGGAAGCACCUGUUUUUCAUCUUUGAGGCUUUGAUAUUUGUUUUAGUGCACCCAA